CUUGACAUUCUCAAAUUUUACAACUAUGAGCCAGAACCUAGCAGCAGCUUUAAUCAAUGGAAAUUUAAGUUCACAACUGAAUUUUACUGUUUCUUCGAUGUCUAUUCCUACCCCCAUUCCUUCUUCAAGUGAUCCAAGCUGGAGUCAGUUUGCAUCACAGAAUGUAAGCAGAACCCCGUCUUCAAGUGGAAGUUUUCUAAAAACUGUAUCUAAACUUGUUGUCAUUGUUCAACCAGUCGCUGGAAAAUCAGGUCAACCCUUUAUCCAGCAACCUUCUCUGAUGGCCCAGGACUCCAAUGGGAAUUGUGUUGAUGUAAGUGUAAGUGCUAUGUCACUAACUGCUAACCUGAAAUACUCCAAUAAUACCUAUGCCACUGGAGGAUUAAGCGGAAAUACCACCAUUUUGUUUACUAAUUGCUGGGCCAACUACACAAAUCUUGUCCUUAAUUUACCAGGUAAAGGUUAUAUGCUUGAAUUUGUGCUCAACAAUGUCUAUGCGCAGACACGAUCAUUUGAUACCACAGAUUCCUCAACCACAACGACCUCUGGAAGUGAAUCUUUAACCAUGAAAAGUUCUUUCCACUUGUUCAUUGCACUUGUUCUCUGUCUACUCACAAUAAAUGGAUUUAUGGACAUAGUAAGCUAAAUAAUUAAAUUGGUUGAUCACAUGAAUUAACCAUCAGAGCAUCAUAUAACAUUAAUUUGGAUGCAAAAAAAUUGAAUGUCUCUAUAAUAUAUUA